AUGCGAGGCGCGUUUGAACGUGGAACUCGCACGCCAGUGGACGCCGCCAAUGCGCCCGCGCAACACCCGUGCUCGUCGGUGGCGAGAGACGGAAGUUGUGCCGAAAAUGAAGAUCACUUCAAGCCCACACCGAUCCCGCUCAGCGACUGGCCAAGCGACAAGCAGGAUGUGGCAGGCACACUGCAGGAGAUCAUCAAGACUGAGGCACCGCAGACAGCAGUGCCCGCGCAUUAUUGGGAAGAUGCGUUAAGGCACAGCGUAUACCUUACCCUAGUUAGAGAUAAAAUAGACCAGUUGAUCGCCCAGGGUGACUACAUAUCGCCAACUAACAAACCAGAAAACCAGAUGGCCAAAGAAAUAGAUGACCACGACCUUUGGGAGAAAAUCAAAACAGCUCGCUUUGAAAGACUGAAGGAGGAACCUAUUCCUCCUUCCGAUGUAGCGUUAUUGUCUAAAGGUAGAUUGGUAGAAGAUCAAGAUGGUUACAAGUUUAUAGAAGAUAAUGUAUUGUGGAAGAACUGUAGUGAUAGCGAUUGUUCGAAAGACGUCAAAGCUUAUUGGUCAGUAAAGCGGAUGAGACAAACUGAUGGGAGGUCUGGAAAAUACAGUUACGAACUAACAUUUUCAGUGACGUCACAAACAAACAAAAAAGUGAAAAAGCCUUAUGAAAACCCAGUAAGAACUUUCACUAUUAAGGAAAACGCACCUACCGAACGCCCCCAAGCCCGACAUCAAGAAAUGGGAAGCCACCGUUAUGUAGGAAGACCUCAACGUGCUAUAUGGGUUCAUAGAAACAUAAAUCCUGCCCUAAGACGACCACAAGCGUACGGACGCGGCUUGGACCGAUUAUUUUCAUCUUUGUUCUCUGAUGAAGACAGUUACGAAGAUGCACCUUUGUUCAGGCACAAGGCUAAGACACAAAAAACAUACAUGCCUAAUGUGUACCCACAGCACUCAAAAGUCGGUUUUUUGGAUGACAGAGAACCCUACCACCAAAAGAAACUGCCUUAUCCCGUGCCAUACAGACUUGGGCACGCGCCGGUGCCACCACCGCCCGUGUCGUAUAUGCAGCACCCGUACACAGACACAGGCGUUAACUUCCCAUAUGUCCCACCUCAAACAGAUAACAGAUUUGUUCCGUCAAACAUAGUUAAGACAACUAGACCCGCAGUGCUGCCAACACCUAUCACUAAUCAUCCGCUUCAGAAGGAACCGACCAUUGAAUUUCCUGUCAAGACUAAGUUUAACGCUACCGAAUACACAACGAAAGUGCCUGAUGUAGCAACUACUUACAAAAUAUAUUCUAACACAAAACCGUCGCCAGUUAAGAUAAGCUAUGUAACAGAUCACAUAAGGCCACCCGUUUACAACGCGCCGCCUGGUGUUUUCGUCACCAUGGACAAGAAACCUUUCAAACCGAUGCCACCCCUAAAGUAUAACCAUUCAAACAAACCACAGAAACACACACUUCCAGAUUUUCGUCCAAGCCCCCAAGUACUAGAUACUCAAUUCUCCGAACUUGAUUUAUCUGCCGAUAGUGCGUUUAGACCAAUAAACAUGAACUACACUCGCAUUAAAGAUCACGAUAAUGGUAAAAAGAAUGACAAGAACGUAUUUAAAUCAAACGCAGCAAAGAAACCACCGAAAAAGCAUGAACAUAUAAAACCUGGUCGCCUAACUACGGUAUCACCAGACAUAAUAACUGCUCAAAGUAUGACAAUGGAGGAUACUUCAUUAGAAUGGGCCAAUAUUUUGGGAGCUUUCACAAAAACUACUCCAAUGGCUUCGCAAAGAGAAAAAGGUACUAAGGAAAAUAGUGAGGCAAUUACGACAACAACACCUUUGUCAACAACAUUAACUGAAGAAUCUACGGAAGCAAAUGAGAACUCCGUUGAAGAGGUGAGUCCGACAACAACUACAACAACUACGACCACCACUACAACUACACCCGCCCCUAAACCUAAGAAGCGAACACGUCCGCCACCAAAAUUCAACAAACAAGAAAAAACUAAAAAACACAAGCGCAUUACUACAACCACAACCACAACAACAACAACAACGACAGCUAAGCCAACACGAACGUUUCCUACCAAGAAACCAUCUGAUGAUUUGACACCACAAGCAAGUUCCGCCGCAACUAGCGGAGCAAAUUCUAUCCGCGACAUCAAAACACACAAGGCACAAAGUACAACAAGCACAUCAAGUCCGACUACAACAAGCACAGCGCCACGAACUACGACGACCGUAAAACUGACUUCCGCCAGUCUUACCACAACAUCUACAACGACAGCAUCGAGCACCGCCGUGGACACCGAACAACCGGUUGCAACCACGCAACCGAAGAGUAAAAACCGUUUCAGACAAUCCACAUUGAUGCACAAGGGCACAUCGGUGAAUCACGACAAAUGGUCAGCAAGUACGUCUCUAGAUAAGAAUCGAACGAAUCAAUCAUUCUUACAAAAUCCAGCAAGAAGAAAAGCUUCUAAAUUCCAAGGAUACAUUCCUGCGAGCACUGCCAAAACUCCUGAUGUCGAUAAGAAAAAAGAUGAUCACAAGGAUUAUGGCUUUGUUAAUCCUAAGAAUCUAACAGAAAUCAACUCCACAACAGAACAAACAGAGCAGGACAUUGAGGUUAAAACGAAACCAACCUUUCAAGGUACAUACGAAGAUCAAGAAUACGCCCAUGACGCAGUAGGUGAUUCAGACAACUACACAGAACAGAGAGAACUUAAAGAUGAAACUGAAUACAUCUUUUCCACUACGUCCAUGACAAAGGAAACCAAAUCAGAUGUAGGAUAUCAAUCAACUACCACUGAAUUGACAUCUGUUGCAUCACCAUAUUCCGUUUCAAAGAACAAAACAAAAUGCAAAAAGAAGAAACAUAAUAACCUUACUACUGAAGCUUUGAAAUCAUCCAGUGAAACAGUGGUCACGAAUAGCCCAGAGAAACUCACGAUGAGUACCACACCUAAGAGCACAGAGAAGACAACAACAGAAGAUGUGUUGAACGAACUGUUCGGAGGAUUUACGAUGGACGAUGUUACUGAAACAUCUACUACGGAACGUUUAACGACAACACAGGAGGAACAGAAACAAAGCCAAAGCGAGAACCAUGAACAAUACGUUCACCUCGACGACGACCUAGAAGAGUUCUUGUAUUCCCUAGAAGAAAAACCUAGUGAUAUCACAAACAGCAAUAAUUCAGAAGAAUAUGAAGAAGAAGACGAAGAUGAAGAUUCACCUUUUAAUAUUGAUGAAGAAAAUGUAGAUACUAGUAGAAACAAUGAGGACUAUUAUGAAGAAGCACAAGAAAGUAAAGACAGGCCGUUAAGCUUACUAGAGCUAAUGGCUAUGGAAUAG